AGUGUGUGAGAGAGUGAGUGAGUGGAGAGAGAGAGAGUGAGUGACAAGGGACUGAGUGACAGAAUCCCCUGUGGCGACAGACACCAAUCCCCGGAGAGAGAGGGAGAGAGACAGAGAGGGAGAGAGAGAGAGAGAGAGAGCGGGUAAGAGAGACACAGCCCCGGAGAGGAUCAGGAAGAACACAAAAAUCGAUCCCAUCUGUUAUUCCUGACGAGCACUAAUUUGGCUGGUUUCAGCCAGGAUUGUGGUUACUGUCCUGUGAAGAUCCUCCCACCAUUACUGAAAGCAGAUGUCUGCAGAUAGUUGAUGAGAAAACUCUGAGGCUUGGGACGACAGCUGCUGCAAGGCACUACUUGGAGUCAAGGUUUGGGAAUGCACCAUCAUAUAUCCAGGGCUUAGUAUCCACCUUGAUUAGUAUGCAGAGAGCCAUGAAAUUAUACUUCCAAAUCCUCACACUACUUUGGUGCUCUGUGGAAAUAUCAAAGGCAGCCAAAAUUGUAGUUGUGCCCCCGAUUAUGUUUGAAAGCCAUCUCUACAUUUUCAAGACCUUGGCUAAGGCCUUGCAUGAGCAGGGGCACGAGACUGUGUUUGCAGUAUCAGAAGGCAGAGAAAUACCUUCUUCAGAUUACUUUAGGCUGCUGAGGUAUCCUGGCUUCUUCAAUAGCACAACGGCGGAUGAAUUUCUGCAGUCCAAGAUGAGGAAUAUUUUCUCAGGAAGACUAACGGCACUGGAGCUUUUUGACAUUUUAGAGCAUUACUCCAAGAAUUGCGACCUCAUGGUUGGUAGCCAGGGGUUCAUCACUCAACUCAAGGAGGAAAAAUUUGAUCUGGUCUUGGUGGAUCCCAAUGAGAUGUGUGGUUUUGUGAUAGGUCAUCUUUUAGAAGUGAAAUAUGCCGUGUUUUCUACUGGUCUCUGGUACCCAGCAGAGGUUGGAGCUCCAACUCCUCUCGCCUACGUGCCGGAGUUUAACUCUCUCCUUACGGACAAAAUGAAUUUGUUUCAGCGAAUUACAAAUACUGCAGUGUACCUACUAUCGCGCUUUGGUGUGAAUUUUCUUUUCUUGCCAAAGUAUGAGCGAAUAAUGCAGAAAUACAACAUUGAACCGGAACGCUCCAUGUAUGAAUUGAUACAGGGUGCUAGCCUGUGGAUGCUGUGCACGGAUGUAGCCCUCGAGUUUCCUCGACCUACCUUGCCCAACGUUGUGUAUGUGGGAGGAAUAUUGACAAAGCCUGCCAGCCCUCUGCCAGAAGAUUUCAUGACCUGGGCAGAUGAUGCUGAGGAGGAAGGCUUUGUAUUGGUUUCAUUUGGUGCCGGUGUCAAAUAUCUGUCGGAUGAUGUUGCACACAAGCUAGCAGGAGCGUUGGCUCGACUACCUCAGAAGGUGGUGUGGAGAUAUUCUGGAAAGAAGCCCAGCAAUUUGGGCAAUAAUACAAGGCUUGUGGAAUGGAUGCCACAAAAUGACUUACUUGGUCACUCAAACAUAAAAGGCUUUCUUAGCCACGGGGGUCUGAAUGGUAUCUUUGAAGCGAUGUACCACGGGGUACCUGUAGUUGGAAUUCCCCUGUUUGGUGAUCAUUACGACACUAUGACUCGGGUCCAUGCAAAAGGUAUGGGCAUUUCAUUAAACUGGAAGACUAUGACUGAAGAUGAUCUAUACAACGCCAUGGUAACUGUGAUUAAAGAUCCACGAUACAAGCAACGGGCUGAACAGAUGUCUCAAAUUCACAGAGACCAGCCUGGGCAUCCUGUUAGUCGAACCGUCUACUGGAUAAACUACAUUCUCCGUUAUAGUGGAGCAGAGCAUCUUCGUGCUGCUGUUUAUAAUAUCCGGUUCUACCAAUACUUCCUGCUGGAUGCAGCGCUGCUUGUUUCACUGAGUGUUGUUGUAACAUACAAGAUAGGAUUGUGGAUAGUGAAGUUGAUUUCCAAAAGAUUUUCAUCCAAAGUACUGCAGGGUAAAACUAAUGGACAUUGCUACAAUGGUAUAGCAAACGGUAAACAUCGGAAGAAUGGUCACGUCAAACAUGAAAAAAAAGUGAAAUGAACACCUAUGCAGUAAUAUUGGGAAAGAUUUAACCAUUAACUAUAUUGUUGGUGUAAUACCACCUGUAACACAUUACUGACAGCAUUUAGGAAAAUAACUUAAAAGUUCACCAUUUAACCUCAUUUUGCCUAAAGUUCCACGUGCUGACAAAGGACCAUUAUUGAUGAGCACAAUUUAAAAUGCAAUACUGUAUAUCUGAUUCUUCGCAUUCCUGCACAAAUUACUUUGGCACUGAAACUGUAAGGGCCUUAAUUCUUAAAAUGUUUUAUUAUGAAUUUUUAUAAAUUGUUUUGUGAUUUACUAAAGUGUGCUGGGUGCCCCAGUUUAAAAAAAAGAAAAACGAAGAUGAUUAAGGGUUUGAUACUUGGAUACUUUUUUUUGUUUUAGUGUUGGUAGAAAGAUUGUUAGCUGAGGGCUGUAGUAAAUAGUAUAUUACAUAUUAUAUUAUAAGUUAAAUAUUUAAUUGUGGUGUUGGUACAGUCAAUUAUUUGACUCAGGUGAAAAAGUUUCACCUGGCGCAAUGAGUCUUUUUUAAUGGAAAUCCUUUUGGCUGGCUGUCCAGAUUUAUUCAAGGGUCUGCACGGUGUUUCCCCACCAUUUUUGUGAUUUUUUUUNAAUGGAUUGGGCACACAUCCAGGUUUCCCUUACAUAUACAAAUGCUUCACAGAAUCAAAGUCAGCAACCAGUUUUAUAGUUGUGAAAUGCAAAGAAGUAAUGUUUGGUAAUUACCCAAGUGCAGUUUCAUUGAAGUUGUUUUCCAAAGAUAACCUUACCUGUUCAAGUGGUUCAUGAGAAGGAAGACAAGUUUAUUGUGUACCUUCGAAGCUGUGCAUUGUUAGUCUUUGUUAUAAUUUGCAAAUAUGGGAAAUUUAUAUUGUUUACAACAAAUAGCAGCAUAUUUGUAUAGGUACUUUUUUAACUUUAAGCAGUGUGUCCAAGAAAUCAGUAAAGAUACUCUGCAAAUUCAAUUUUAAAAAUAUGGCAUCAGUGAUUGGUAACUGAUUUUUCCACAUCACACUUUACUGAAGUUUAGAUUUUUACUACAGUGUAAAUUUUCAUAGUUCACUUACAUAUUGAUUCCAGUUGAGAUGCGCACCAAUAACUCGAUUGUCCAACAUAAGCCAAUCUGUCAAUGAUUGAACAAAUCUCAUCAGAAUUUUAACUUACUGCAUAGAUGUAAGGAAUGUUGCAGGUCAUCAGGCUGUUCAAUGGAUGGACACAAUCGAUAUAUGAAAAAGAUAGAAUUAUUGAUCCUGUUACUACUUUCCUGAUUUGUUCCACUUUAUUGGCCUGCUGAUGGAUGCACAGAGGCUGCGAACAUGAGAUUGGUUCAUGUUUGUCUGGGCUAUGAUAUCACUAACUCCUAAAUGUUGUUGCCCAUCACUUGCCAAAGUACUUGUUGCAUGGCCUUUAUAUAUUUCCAUCAGAAUGUGGGUGAACAGUGUCAGCUGUUACUGAUGAUUUGAACCCUGUCUCAUCUUGGAAGUUUCUUGUUUUUGAGAAUGCUUGGGGCACACAAUGCACUCCGUUUUGUAGCUAUUCUACUUAUAGUAGCCCAGUGCUGCUUCCCUAUAUCUUUGUCAUAGUUGGUCUACAGUGUGACAUUGUGUUUACUUACAAUAUGUACUAGCCCUGCUGUGAGUGUAGAUUUUCUUUAUUUAUUACAAUACGAUUAGAGUUCAUGUAGUUGACAAAUUAACUCAGAGCUUCUCAUAUCCAAUAUUACUGUGGUCUCUUGAGUUUUGACUAGGUUAUGUACCCAUAUAAAGAUUCUAUCUUUAUCUGUUUCUAUCCCACUUGGAGCCACAGUUGGUCACCGAAUGUAGGAAAUUGGACGGAUUUAUGAACACUUUUUUAAAAAAUGUAAUGCUUGAACGAAGAAAGUUUAAUGUAAAUAAGUUUAUGUUGCUUUCAUUUCUGUUCAAAGUACUGUGCAAUGCUGCCAUGAAGUGACCAUAGAGAAAGCAGUCAACUGCUUCAUGAGGCAAUGAGUAGUGGGGUGUUAACUGUGUGGUAUUAACACAUAUACUAUAUGGAGAGAUCUUUUGAUUUGUUUUAAUAUUUGUUUUGCAGUAAAAUAACAGCAGAUACAAUGUCUUCAAGCUGUAGCAUAGUUGGGGUAAAGCUGUGAAAAAGCCAAGCAAUAAGCACUGAUUACACACUGGCCUGGAACUCUUCUUUUUUUAAUAUAUAUAUGUAAAAUGUAAAUGUCUAAUUCCAGCUACAGUUUUAAAUACAUACACUGUCAUCUGUUAUUGCAAAAAAAAAGUUAAAUAAAUGUAAAACAUUCUGGUAGUUGUGUAUACACUUCAUAAUUACUAUAAAUGAAUGUGUACAUUGUAUGUUCCAUUUCAUGUGACAAAUAUAUUUGUGCAA